CGAAUUGAACAGUGCAACACAGCCGAUGCUUCUCGCGUCUCUCGACUGCAAGUUCGUUUCAUUGCAGCGUCGGUAAAUAGAAAUUUCGAGAAGUCGCGCUCUCCAAGAAGAACCAAGACUACAAAUUCAGCUUUGUCUUGUCUAAAUUCGCAUCUCCUAUAUAGUGACCACCAGUCAAACAAGUUUCUUGCCUUUUUGGAAAAUCAGAGUAUAUCUGGAAUCUCUCCUGAAUAGUUGAAGAUUUUGUAUUGGAAGAUUUUAUGAAGAAGAUAUGAUGAUUUGUUACUCUCCAAUCACGACAUGUUCUAGGAAUGUUAUCUAUAUCAAGAGGCAUUUAGGCACUCACCUUCAAGGAUCAUAUAAAUUCCGCUGUUACAGUCUCUUCUCAGGAGGACUUGCCAGAAAAGAUUAUACAGGUUUUGGUGUAUCCAUCUCUAACAGACCUUCUACUGUACCGGAUAAAGGACUUUGUGCCUCGGUAUUGAUCAAUCGAUCAACCGUUGGUCCUAAGGAAAAGCUUCAAGUUUCUUUCUUGUCCCCUGAUGCAAGAAGAAAAUGCUCUGACAUAAAAAGCAACAUGAGAAAUCUCUAUUGGUUUUCAAGAUUUGCUUAUACUGGCAUGGUUGUUAGCUUGCUUGUUUGUUAUUCCUCUGCUUCUCAAUCAGCUUACGCAGAUGCUUCAAGGGAUAACAAUUCGUCUGAUGGUAAAUACCACAAUGGGAAAAGAGUCUACACUGAUUACUCUAUCAUUGGUAUUCCUGGGGAUGGUAGAUGCUUGUUUCGUUCUGUAGCUCACGGAUUUUGCUUGCGCUCUGGGAAACUGGCUCCUGGCGAGAAGACACAGAGAGAACUCGCUGAUGAAUUACGCACCAGGGUUGCUGAUGAGUUUAUUAAAAGAAGACAGGAAACAGAAUGGUUUGUUGAAGGAGAUUUCGACACAUACGUCAGACAAAUUCGGAAGCCACAGGUGUGGGGAGGUGAACCUGAACUCUUCAUGGCUUCGCAUGUUCUCCAGAUGCCAAUUACAGUGUAUAUGAAAGACGAGAAAGCUGGAGGACUUAUAUCUAUUGCGGAAUAUGGUCAAGAAUACGGUAAAGAUGAUCCAAUCCGGGUCCUUUACCAUGGUUUUGGUCAUUACGAUGCCCUUUUGAUUCACGAGGGUAACGCUUCAAUUCGAAAAUCUAAACUUUAGCAAAUGUCGCUUUGCAUCUUUGACUUUUGGCAGGUGUUAUAUGAUGUGUUUUUUCGUUUUUGUUUCUGACACAACCACAAUAUAUGUCUUGUAGAAUGUAACGUUUUAAUUUGAAUAAAAUUUUAUAUACUCGUUUCAAAUUUUA